UGCAUGUGCAUGCAUGCUUAUGUGGUGCAGGGGUGUGUGUUGUGUCUGUCUUUUACCAGAUCUCUCUGCGCGUCUUGUAUGCCUUUCACUGACUUCUGUUGGAGCAAAGGCAAACCUUUACAUGAGAGGAGCUGCAGAACUACAGGUUUUGGUCUCAAAAUGACCCUCAAACUGAGCGUGAUGUUGCUGUUACUGGCCGUCGCCACAGUAACUGUGCUGGCCCAGAGGCGACGCCCGACGUCGAAGGCUGCCAGCGAGUGGAACUACAGGGAUGGCUCUGAUCAGGUCAACAUGCGUAACGUGGCCAACCUGACUCAGGUUCUGGACGACUGGAGGUUCGACAUUCUGACCCAGAUGAAAGGACUCCUGCAGAACGACCACCAGUCUCUGCUGCCGGACUAUGCCAGGAUCCAGCCUCUGUCUGAGGCUUUAGAUGACCUCUACAAGGAGUUCAACGCCCUUAAAGCUCACCUGGGUGAUCUGACUGAAAAGUUCAGCGCCGUAGAAACCUUCAUUGACGAGGUCAAGGCCAGCCGUGCCAACAAUCCUGCUCCCGCUGCUCCUCCUUCGGCUCCGAGACAGACUGGGAGGAGGCUGAUAAAGAAGAAAGCUCCUACCCCAACCUAACUUCACAACGAGGAGCCUCUUUGACUCUGAUGUCUGCUUCCUCUCAGGCUUUUCUCUGUCCUCUCUGAUGGCACAGCCAAUCUGAACAUAAUCCUUUAGCUUUCAUUAUUAUCUGAUUUGUUGCCGAGGCAUCAAGUAAUGUAAUUUGGUCAACGCCCCCUGCAGCUGUAAUGGUAUUUGUCCACAUGGUCUAUCAUUUGUGCAUUUCUCAUUUACUUCAGACUGGUCCAUUUUGAAAGAAUGAGUAUGAGAGCAUCUCUCGUCUAAGUGUUGAAAACUUCCCUGGUGGCACA